GCGAUGUGGAACGAGACAGGAAGUGGUACUCUGGAGGAAGGAACCAGGUGGCGGGAACAAAUGAGUCGUCCGGGGAGUUUACAGCAGCUUUCAACAAGUUAGCGUCGCUGGAGCAGGCCAGGCAUGAGUGGUGCACACCUGGACGAGUGGCAGAGAAGGUCCUUUGACAUUUCAUCUGGCAACUGUACACCUGAACAGACGGCAGAUUCCUACCGGGCCCACAUCCUCUCCAUUCAGUAUGCAUGGGCAAGCUCCCAGCUCUCUCAGGCCGGCAUGGCCAGCCUGCUCAGGACCUACUCAGAGCGCUACGCCGCAGUGCUGGACUCAGAUGACCCCCGCACAGGGCUUAACAACUAUGCAGAUAGUGCACUGCACCUGGCCCGCAAUCAGAGGAACCACAGCGAAAAAUGGGAGUCGUCCCUCACCGCAGAGAGUGUGCUGGAGCUGCCCUGCGUGCAGAAGAUGAUUCAGGCAGGGACAGGGGGAGGAGGUUCCCUUGUGGCACCAGCAGAUGUUAACAUAUCUGUUGGACCAGAGAGCAGUGUCAGCUCCCUGUCUGCUUCCCUUACUGGAGUCAGGUCAGGGGGUGCAUUCUUCAAACCUGCAGGACCACCACAGCCUAAAACAGAGGUUAACCACACCGCCAGUAAUCCUGCUGUUAAUAUUUUUGCAGAGAGGUCAAAAAGCUCUGGGGGGAUCUCAGGUAAUCACAACUCAUUCUCCCGACCUCCAGCCAGACCUCAGCCUGUGUUCAGUCAUUCCCCCUCAGUUCCUCCACAGUGCAACCCCGGCCCUGCAGGCGGCACACAAAACUACCAGUCCUCCUUCUACCCGAACUCCAACCCGGCAAAGCGGAAGAAUUUUUACAGCUCAGAUGGAGUUGAUGGUGGCAGAGGAACACAUGGAGGUCAAGCAGGCCCUGAGUCGAGAGCUGCAGGUCAAUUCAAAACAGCUCACCAGCAGUUUGUUAUUGAUCAACAGAAAAAACAUUCCCAUCAGCCCCAGAGAGGUCAGACGCCCGGGAUGGCAGCAUGUGUGAAGAAAUCCCUGGGCGCCAACAGGCCUAGAGGUACGUUUUCUAAAUUUGUGUCACCUCUACCAAGACAGGAGGAAGAAGAGGGCUGGGCGCAACGCGAUUCUAAUCAGGAGCCUCAGAUUCUAGACGAGCGGUUGAAAAACUUCGAGCCGAAGAUCGUGGAGCUGAUCAUGAGUGAGAUCAUGGACCACGGGCCUCCUGUGAUCUGGGAUGACAUAGCAGGCCUGGAGUUUGCUAAGACUACCAUUAAGGAGAUCGUGGUUUGGCCCAUGCUGCGACCCGACAUCUUUACCGGCCUCCGCGGUCCACCCAAAGGCAUCCUGCUGUUUGGACCCCCAGGAACCGGGAAAACCCUGAUAGGAAAAUGCAUAGCUUGCCAGUCAGGUGCCACCUUCUUCAGCAUCAGCGCUUCGUCACUCACAUCCAAGUGGGUGGGCGAGGGAGAGAAAAUGGUGAGAGCCCUGUUCGCCAUCGCCCGCUGCCACCAGCCCGCUGUCAUUUUCAUCGACGAAAUCGACUCGCUGUUGUCCCAGAGGACGGACGGGGAGCACGACUCAUCGCGCAGGAUCAAGACUGAGUUUUUGGUUCAGCUGGACGGGGCAGCCACGGCGGCAGAGGACCGCAUCCUGGUGGUGGGCGCCACUAACCGGCCUCAGGAGAUAGACGAGGCAGCCCGUCGACGCCUGGCAAAGAGGUUAUACAUCCCCCUGCCCGAAGGAGCCGCCCGACGCCAAAUAGUCACUAACCUCAUGGCUCGGGAGAAGAACCAGCUGAGGGAGGAGGAGCUGGAGAGAGUGACGGCGGCCAGCGAGGGCUUCUCCGGAGCCGACAUGACUCAGCUGUGUCGAGAGGCGGCGCUGGGGCCCAUCCGCAGCAUCCAGCUCAGUGACAUCGCCACUAUCACAGCAGAUCAGGUGCGCCCAAUCCUCUACAGCGACUUCCAGGAGGCCCUGAAGACUGUACGACCCAGCGUCUCCUCUAAAGACCUGGAGCUGUACGAAGACUGGAACAAGACUUUUGGAUGCGGGCGAUGAUGUCAGCUCACUUUCUCUCUCUGUUGAACCGAUUGUUUAUUAAACUCAUAGAUCUGUUAAUAUAUUCCUUUUUGAAAACUGAAAUAAGUAGUCAACUGACAGGAAAGUAAUUGGAGUCAUUUUUCAAGUGUAAAUCCCAAAGAUUUGUUUCCAGUUUUUAAAUUUGCUGAUAUGAUGAUAAAAUGAAUAUCUGGGUUUUGUUUUGCUGGUGAGACAAAACGAGACAUGUGAGGAUGACA